UUUUCUGCGCUUUCAUUGAAAGACCUCAGUUUCCCACGCCGGGAAGUUUGCUGAUCUCCGUGGCUGCACGGAAGCCUGCGGAAAGUCAGCCUUCUGGCUUUUUAUCCAUUUUUUUAAAAGGAUACAAGAAAUGAAUAAUAUAGCUUUUAAUCUCCCCGACUAGUUUCGGCUGCGAACAACCCGAUUAAAACCCCCUUUGCAGCAGAAGCUGGGAAAGAGAUUCAGGGACCAGCUGCCCGUUGCAGCGCCGCUGGGUUUGGCUCGUCCAGUAUCUCCCGGCGUAGUGGGAGUGGGAACCGCGCACAUCCAGCGAUGGACUCCCCCAAAUCAAUCCGUCGGACUUUCUUAUGCUAAACUUUUGUUCGUCCCUGGUGUCGGCUUGUUUUAUCGUCUUUAUUUCGGGGAUCAGCACUCUAACUUAUAAAAAAAAAUAAAGGAGUUUAACAAUAAUAACUUUAAUAUGCCGGACCAGAUCACGGUGGCGGAAUUCGUGGCCGAGACAAAUGAAGAUUAUAAGUCCCCGACCGCUUCCAACUUCACCACUCGGAUGUCUCAUUGCAGGAACACCGUGGCCGCCUUGGAGGAGGCCCUGGAUAUGGACCGCAGCGUACUGUACAAGAUGAAGAAGUCCGUGAAGGCCAUCUACGCUUCUGGCCUGGCUCAUGUGGAAAACGAGGAGCAGUAUACGCAGGCCCUGGAGAAGUUUGGGGAGAACUGCGUCUACCGGGACGACCCUGACCUGGGAUCAGCCUUCCUGAAGUUCUCUGUCUUCACCAAAGAGCUCACGGCCCUUUUUAAAAACCUGUUCCAGAAUAUGAACAACAUCAUCACCUUCCCAUUGGACAGCCUGCUGAAAGGGGACCUGAAAGGGGUCAAAGGGGACCUGAAAAAGCCCUUCGAUAAAGCCUGGAAAGAUUAUGAAACAAAAGUCACGAAGAUCGAGAAGGAGAAGAAGGAGCACGCCCGGCAGCACGGCAUGAUCCGCACCGAGAUCAGCGGCGCCGAGAUCGCCGAGGAGAUGGAGAAGGAGAGGCGGUUCUUCCAGCUCCAGAUGUGCGAGUAUCUCCUCAAAGUGAACGAAAUAAAGAUCAAGAAGGGUGUCGACCUCCUGCAGAACCUCAUCAAGUAUUUUCACGCCCAGUGCAACUUCUUUCAGGACGGGCUGAAGGCCGUGGACAACCUCAAACCAUCCAUUGAGAAGCUGGCUACAGACCUGCACACGAUCAAACAGGCGCAGGACGAAGAGCGCAAACAGCUGACCCAGCUGCGGGACAUCCUGAAGUCGUCGCUGCAGGUUGAGCAGAAGGAGUCUAGGACAUCGAAGGAUUCCCAGGUGCGGCAGAGCGCCACCUACAGCCUGCAUCAGCCCCAGGGCAACAAGGAGCACGGCACAGAGCGAAGCGGGAACCUCUACAAGAAAAGUGACGGCCUGAGGAAGGUGUGGCAGAAGCGGAAAUGCUCCGUGAAGAACGGCUACCUGACAAUAUCGCACGGCACGGCUAACAGACCGCCAGCGAAACUGAACCUGCUCACCUGCCAGGUGAAGCACAACCCGGAGGAGAAAAAGAGCUUCGACCUCAUAUCACAUGACAGGACGUAUCACUUUCAGGCCGAGGACGAGCAGGAGUGUCAGAUAUGGAUCUCCGUGCUGCAGAACAGCAAAGAGGAGGCUCUGAAUAACGCCUUUAAGGGUGACCAGCACGUGGGCGAAAACAACAUUGUACAGGAGCUGACCAAAGCCAUCUUGGGCGAGGUGAAGAGGAUGCCCGGCAAUGACACGUGCUGCGAUUGCGGAGCCCCUGGUCCCACCUGGCUUUCCACUAACUUAGGCAUCCUGACCUGCAUAGAAUGUUCUGGAAUCCACCGGGAACUUGGUGUCCACUACUCUCGGAUACAGUCCCUUACAUUGGACGUACUUGGAACGUCUGAACUCUUGCUGGCCAAGAACGUGGGAAACUCAGGCUUCAAUGAGAUCAUGGAGGCCUGCCUGCCCGCAGAUGACGGCGUGAAGCCCAACCCCAGCAGUGGAAUGCAGGCGAGGAAGGACUUCAUCACGGCCAAGUACACGGAGCGGCGCUUCGCGCGGAAGAGACACGCGGACCCCGGCUCCCGGCUGCACGCGCUCUGCGAAGCCGUCAAGGCCCGCGACAUCUUCUCGCUCAUCCAGGUCUACGCCGAGGGUGUGGACCUCAUGGAGCCAAUCCCUCUGGCCAACGGACACGAACAUGGGGAGACCGCGCUUCACCUGGCCGUGCGAUUGGUGGACCGGACGUCUUUGCACAUCGUGGACUUCCUGACUCAGAACAGUGUGAACCUGGACAGGCAGACGGCCAAGGGGAGCACAGCACUGCACUACUGCUGCCUGACGGAUAACAGCGAGUGUCUGAAACUGCUCCUGCGGGGGAAGGCCUCCAUCGAGAUCCCCAACGAGGGAGGGGAGACGCCGCUGGACAUCGCCAAACGUCUGAAACAUGCGCAGUGUGAGGAGCUGCUCAGCCAGGCGCUGGGCGGCAAAUUCAAUGCCCACGUCCACGUGGAGUAUGAGUGGCGUCUGCACCAUGAAGACCUGGACGAGAGCGACGAGGACCUCGACGAGAAGCCGAGCCCUCACCGCCGAGACGAGCGUCCCAUGAGUUGCUACGCCCCUAGCAGUACCGCGGCACAGCCUGGCCCGGCCCCCUCGGCCAGGGAGGGGGGCGGCCCGGCCACGGAGAAGCCGAGGACCUACCUCCCUAACCUGGUGAACAAUGAGACCUACGGAACCAUCCUGCCUCCUCCCGGCCAGCCGGCACUGCCCGUCACCACCGCGGCUCCUCCGCUCCCGCCCCGCAACCUGGGCAAAGUGCUUCCCGCUCUGGGCCUCCAGACCAACAGCCCCGGCGCCUGGAAGUCGGCCUCCAUCGACGUCACCGGAAGGCAGAGGUCGUCCUCGGACCCCCCCAACAUGCACCCUCCCGUCCCCCCUAUCCGUGUCACCUCCACGUCCGUUCUUGCGACAGUCACUCCCCCGCUACCCGUGUCCAGGAUGGCGGGCAUGAUGGAGACCAUAAGCCUCCAGUCCAAAACAGGUCCUGUGUCCUCUGUGGACCCCAUGAAGUCCUCCUCUUCUCUAGUGACAAUGGGCAGGACUGCACCCCCAAAGUCUCCUGCCAGCACGGAAAAGCGCUUCAAAGGACCUGCACUGCAGCCCACACCGGCCGAGAAACCAGCCAAAGAAGUCCCCGGAUGUCUGGCUAACUCCCUCGGUCUGGCCCCACCCCCUGCCCCCAUGCCCAGGAGGACGUACCCUAAACAGAAGCCCAAGCGAGUGAAGGCCAUUUAUAACUGCGUGGCUGAUAACCCGGACGAGCUGACCUUCUCCGAGGGAGAGGUCAUCGUGGUGGAUGGGGAGGAGGACCAGGAGUGGUGGCUGGGCCACAUUGAGGGGGAGCCAAUGAGGAGGGGGGCUUUCCCGGUGACGUUUGUGCAGUUCAUCGUGGAUUGAGAAACAUCUUUGCAGUCGGGGUGGGUGAAUGGGGGGGGUCACAGAGACUGAAACUAUUCUCAGUUCCCCCAACAAUUUAUUGACACCCUCCCCCCCCCAUCGACCUGUCCACAAGCAAGCAAGACUGCACCUGGACAAAGCAGCAGUGCUGUAUGUUCCUCAAACUCUGGUCAGGUGACUUGGUCAGGUGACUUGGUCAGGUGACUUGGUCAGGUGACUUGGUCAGGUGACUUGGUCAGGUGACUUGGUCAGGUGACCCGGCAGCAGACGCUGCUUCAGGCUAAAGCAGUGCCACACUGUGUGAUGUCACACCAUUUAAGCUAUAACACGGGCACAUGUUCAUACCAUUUGAGCCAAACCACAGGAGAAAAAAAAAGACUAGGCUGCAAGUUCAUGCAAUAAAUGCACUUUUCAUUCAGUUUAUUUAUUGUGGGAUGGCGAUUUUCGAAGGAAUACUGUGGAAACCCAGAAUCUGUUAUGAAGUUUGACCACAGCUUCCAUUAAAUGAAGGCAGUUUGGGCCGUUAUUUGACGGAAGGAGAGGAUACUUACGGUCUGUGUGUUUAAUUUCCAUCCUGCAAAGUGUUAUCAUUUUUAAUAAGCUUUCUUUCUGCAUGACAGCCAGAAUUCCACUGAACAGCCCAUGAAAAAAGUCCUGCGGAGCAUUUGAUAGCACGUGGGGCGGAUAAUCCCCUACCGGUGCUUUCCCGAGAAUUUGCUGUCCUCAGACAUCUCGCCAAGAGGGGGGCGCUCACGUGCACACGUGGCCAGUAGCAGCAGGGGUGCUGGGAGGGGUCAUUCGUAAGUAGUUCAGGGGUAUCGGAGACCCGACGUGCGAAGAAUGACCAUGAGAUCUUACUCAGCAGAAAGCGACUCACCCAGCGGGCGAAGAGGCUACGUUUGCGGUCGCCAAGGGAGACACACACUGCCUUUACUAUGGUACUGUGCUAAAAAACAAUGUGAAACAGAGCCGUGAUGUUAGUCACCCCCGUGUGAGUUUUGGAUUUUUUUUCCGAUCGCUGUUGCUAAUGCAGCAGUCUGUUCAACAUUCCUGCAUUCAUUUUGUCCCGUCGCACAGCAAAGUGCGCAGAUCUUUAAUAAUAUAACUGGAACCGAAAGCCGCGUCUGCUUUAGCGACGAGCCGCUGACUCACCCGUAUCGCAAGUGAGGGAUUGUGAUUUUAUGCAGGUGGCCUGAGAGGAAAUUUUCUGCUGUAUUUGAAGUACAUUAGCUAUGUGCCCUAAUUUCUGCUCUUUUUUGGCCUUUGUGUUUUAAACUCUUUCCUUUUUGUCUAUCUAUAGUUUCUUGUUUUUUAAUUUUUUAGUGUUGUUCAGCUACAGCAGAAGUAUAGGUGGCAGAUAGGUGUGUUUUUUGUUUGUGUUAUUUAAUUUUUAUCGGGUGCAGCGUCUGAGAGACGCUGCAUGUGUCACCAUGGGACCUGAUGCCUUCUGGGAGACAACAAAGUUUCUCUGGAUGGAUGAUGUACCAAGAGUUUCAGCACUAACUUAAUGCUCUACAGGAGACCAGAGUGGAGUACUUGCUUGUGAGCCCCUCCCUCUCCUGAGUGCACGCACAUGCGGACACACACACACACACACGCACGCACGCACGCACACACACGGGCUAUGAAACCCAUUUUCCUUACUGCCUGGUAGUUGAGAUGUUCUUGCUAGAGGAGAAAAGGUGUCAUGUGAUCUUCACUCAGAUGUUACCCCUUAGCUGACCUGCCCUGGUGCCCCUAAGUGACCAAUUUGUCACUCUGUUUCUGUAAGACGGGACGUACCUCCUUGUGUCAUGUGCUGGGGUGAAGCAUUUGGUGCGGGGGGGGGGGAGGUUAAUGCAGCGAGGAGAGAGCAGGUCAGAGAUAGAAGCUUGUCGAUCUGACGGUGUGGCCAAACAAAUAGGCCAAUAAACAGAAGGUCCCCAAGGUCACCUGACUUCUGUCUGUGAUUCAGUGCCCCCCACCCCCGCAGAUAACCGAGAAGGAAGCGGUUGCGAGUUGCAUCAUGGAUACAGGUGCGUGGGCUGUAUGUUCUGGCUCCCAUGUGUUAAAUCCUGUUUGUUCACUUUUGAAAUAAGUCCAUAUUUUAAAUAUAUAUUGUUAAAAAAUGUAAUAAAUUUGAUUUUGGUUGCAGAGCAACUCUAUAUAUAUAUAUAGAAUAACAUUUAAUUUUUAAAUGAAAUAUACCCUUUAUUGAGUAUGCAUUGCAGUAACCCAAGGCAGAGAGGGGAGGCGUGUGUAAUAACUAUGUACUAUCCAUGUUACUAUUAUGUUAACUCACUGGAAAUAGGACAGUUAAUUUGUUACUGUAAAUAUAUUUACAACUUAUUUGUCCGUAUUUAAAUGUAAAGGAGUUAACCCUUUGAAAGCUGACUGUACUUGGCUGCGUUGUGGUGAUUUUACGUGACAACGGCGCACCCCCCCCUGCGAGAUUCCGAUGCCGGACCGCAAGCGCUCAUUCGGGUCGCCGCUGCAUCUACUGUCAAUCGCUACAUAGCCUUUGAGACGAGAUCGUCCAAAUAAAAUGACUGAAACUGGAAAGAAA